AUGGUACCGGAGGACGACUUCAACCUCACUGAUGACCCAUCGAAGCUCGGUCACAAUGUCGUUUCCCUCUUCGACCAAACUCAGACCCGAUACUCCCCAAAGGCCGCCAUAGUAUGCGGGGAGCAUACCCUCACAUACGGUGCUCUUGCAUCUGAUUCGGAUCGCCUGGCCUGCCUCCUCCUGUCGCGAGGCAUCAGCCGUGGCCAUGUGGUGGCUCUUGCACUGGACCGCACACCAGACCUGAUCAUGUUCAUUUUCGGCGUCUUGAAAGCGGGUGCGACAUAUGUACCCGUUGAUCCUGCUUUACCCCCCGAGCGUGUCAACCAGAUGCUGGAUGAUGAAGCGCUGCGUCUGGUGAUAGUUAGUCCCGUUAGUACCAAAGGGGGGGCGGGCACCGGUCGAUAUGAUUAUGGCAAUAAGGCAGUCUGCUGCACCACGAGCGAGCUGCAAGAUCAGAUGAGAUAUCAAGCGGACAAGAGGCCAGCUGUGGAUAUUCAGCCAGAUGACAUUGCCUAUAUUCUGUACACAUCUGGAUCCACGGGCAAGCCUAAGGGCGUGGAAAUUCAUCACGCCGCUAUAUGCAACUAUGCCCUGUCGGUACAUCAAAGACCCGGCUGUACUGACCAGGACCGCGUGCUUUUCAAAAGCACCAUCUCGUUUGAUAUGGCCGCGUUUGAGAUAUACGUGCCAUUGCUGUGCGGCGCUACAGUCGUGCAGGCACAGGCAUAUGAGAUCGAGGAUCCCCGCGCGCUGAUGCAUCUCAUUGAUCGGCACAGCGUCACCUUCUCCGUGGCGACGCCGACCAUUCUACAGAUGAUGCUGGACAGCGGUUGGUGCGGCACGCCAGGCUUCUCUAAGUUGGUUACCGGUGGCGAGGCACUGUCACCUCGCCUGGCAGAGCGCCUAACCGCGUGUGUUGAAGAAGUAUGGAACCUUUACGGCCCGACUGAGACAACAGCCAGCGUGGCUGCUUGGAAAGUUGAAGUCGGUGAGGACAUAUUGAUUGGAACGCCUAACCCGAACACACGGCUAUAUGUCCUCGACGCCGACUUGCAGCCCGUGCCGGUUGGCAGCACCGGUGAACUGUAUAUUAGCGGAGCAGGCGUUGCUCGUGGAUAUCGGAACAAUCCAGAGCGCACCAAGGCUGCGUUUCUUCCGGAUCCUUUCUGGGAAGGCCAUACUAUGUACAAGUCAGGAGACUUGGCAUGCUUCUUGGAUUCCAGGAGACUGGCCGUCAUCGGUCGGGCAGACACGCAAAUCAAGAUUCGCGGGCAAAGAAUUGAUCCUGGCGAUGUUGAGGCAUCCAUCACAGCUCACGCGGAUAUUGCCAAUGCCGUUGUGGUCAACCGAGACGAGCGGCUCGUCGCAUACUGUAUACGAAAGCCGGGCGUUGGCAGCGCUGAGGUUGCUCUAGCCAAGUUGCUACGCCCCUGGCUAGAAGGCCGCCUUCCCGGGUACAUGGUCCCCUCGUUCUUCGUCGAAGUCGAUCGAUUUCCUUCUACGCUCAACGGCAAAGUGGAUCUCCGGGCACUGCCCGAUCCCAUCUCGACCAUCACACCGGCGAAAAUACCAGCUUCUACACUGACACAACAACUGCUGGCUAUAUGGACCGAUGUGCUAGGCCACGGUCAGAUUGGCAUGCAGGACAGCUUCUUCCACAUUGGCGGCAACUCGGCGAGCAUCAUUCAGGUCCAGACCAAACUGGAGAAGCUUCUGGGUCGGCCAGUGCCGGUGCCAGAACUGUAUGAGCACUUCACCAUUGCCAACCUUGCUGCAUAUCUCUCUGAUCAAACCCAGACCAAUGAGGUUACCGAAGAGACGAAAAACCCUGCUGGGAACGAUACCACCGGUGAAGAUAUUGCUGUCAUUUCCAUGGCGUGCAGACUGCCCGGCGAUAUUCACACGCCAGAAGAAUUUUGGAAGGUUCUCAUCAGCGGCACCGAUGCCGUCACCAGGGUUCCUGAGGAGCGCUGGGAUGCUGAUGCCAUUUACGACCCGGACCCGGAGGCCCGCGGCAAGUCCUACAGCACGGGUGGCGGCUUCGUCAGGGACGCCAUGGAUUUCGAUGCGCAAUUCUUUGGAAUCUCCCCUCGCGAGGCCCGGGCUAUCGACCCCGCGCAGACCAUGAUCCUGGAAACAUGCUGGGAGGGCUUCGAACGGGCAGGGUAUGGCACCAAGUCCCUGCGGGGCAGCCAGACUGGUGUCUUCAUCGGGACCGGUAACAGUUCUGUGGAUGACGGCCAGCUAAGCGCCGCCGGCACAGAGAAGUUUGAAGGACACCUUGGACUUGGCACGGCACCGAGCUCGCUCUCUGGUCGCGUAGCAUAUGCUCUGGGGCUUGAGGGUCCUACGAUGACUUUGGAUGCUGGGUGCGCUGCCUCGCUGGUCGCCACGCAUGUGGCAUGCUCAGCACUUCGCCAAGGCGAGUGUGACAUGGCUGUGGCUGGCGGCGUCACAUUCUUGCCUUCUCCUGGUUUGCAUAUUGAGUUUAGCCGCAUUCGCGUUGCAUCACCAGAUGGUCGCUCGCGACCGUUUUCAGCGGACGCAGCUGGGAUGGGACUGGGUGAAGGUGCCUCGGCUGUGGUUCUGAAGCGUCUGUCGGAUGCGCAGCGCGACAACGAUCAUAUCCAUGCUAUAAUUCGUGGUUCGGCGGUCAAUCACGGCGGUCGCGGCGCUAGCAUGACAGCACCGAGUGGACCAGGCCAGAAGCGUGUUGUCCGCGCAGCGCUGGCGGCUGCGCGCCUAAAGCCAUAUGAUAUUGACUAUGUCGAGGCGCAUGGGACUGGCACCAGACUAGGAGAUCCCGUCGAGGCCUCAGCUUUGGCGGAAGUAUUUAGCAGCAGCCGCGAUGAUAUUACUGGGCCGCUGAGGAUUGGUUCGUCAAAGUCCAAUAUCGCACAUACGCAGGCGGCGGCCGGCCUCGCCGGCCUUAUCAAAGUGGCUCUGGCAAUGCAACACAACAUGCUGCCACAGACACUGCAUAGUAGUCAGCCCAGCCCUCUGAUCGACUGGGUGGGUGGCAAGUUGCAGCUUCUCCAACGGCCAAUGGCAUGGCUACCCAGAACAAACGAUCCGACUGCUCCGCGAAGAGCGGGAAUUAACUCGUUCGGAUUAUCGGGCACUAACGCCCAUGCUAUAAUUGAAGAGCCCCCGAGGGCUCACUCAAAUGCUAAUGGCGCCGAUGAUGAUGAUAAUGAUGAUGAUGCGAGGUUGCCUUUGCCGCUGCCAUUCCUCCUUUCCGCCUAUACAAGUGAAGCACUGCGUCAGCAAGCACAGAAAUUAUGCAAUCACCUCUCCAGUGCCACUGCACAAACCAAGCUGUCUGAUGUAUCCUACUCGCUGGCGACUACUCGUACGCAUUUCCCACGACGUAUCAUUCUUGCAGCACAAGACAAGACUGAACUUAUGGGCAGGCUAGCAAGCAUUAUCGACAACGGAGUACGGGCAACUGCUGACAACAACAAAACAGCUCGCGUGGCGAUGUUGUUCUCUGGGCAGGGCACUGAACGGGCCAGGAUGGGCAAGGGUCUUGCUGAACGCCACCUUGUAUUCCGCAACACUGUCAGUCACAUUGCAGAACUCUUCGAGUCGGUCCUGGAAAAACCACUGCUGGAUGUCAUGUGGGCAGAGCCUGAGAGCGAGGCCGCUUCUCUACUGCGGCGUACGGAUUAUGCCCAACCAGCUAUUUUUACACUCCAGGUAGGACUAUGGAGACUGUGGCAGAGCUGGGGUGUCCAGCCAGCAGUCGUGCUAGGCCAUAGCGUUGGCGAAAUUGCGGCCGCGCACGUCGCCGGAAUCAUGAAUCUAGCAGACGCUUGCCGCUUGGUCGCAGCCCGAGGGAAACUGAUGCAUGCGCUGCCUGAAAGUGGUAGUAUGGUGGCGCUUGAAGCCGGCGUAGACGAGGUCACUUCAGCCAUCGAGCAGCUCAGUGCACGCGACAGGGUGUCGAUUGCCAGUAUCAACACCCCAACGCAAGUGGUUGCAUCUGGAGAAAUGGAUGUCAUUGACAAGUUAGCAGCUUAUUUCAAGGCUCAAAACCGGUCUUCUAAAAUCCUCAAAACCAGUCGCGCGUUCCAUUCGCACCAUCUGGAUGAAAGCAUGCUUGCAUCGUUACGCGCCGUCGCAGAAACCAUUGUGUUCCAGGAGCAAACGCUGCCUAUCGUCAGCACAGUCACAGGAAAACUGGCAGAGCCUGGACAACUUAGCAGUGCGGAUUACUGGGUCCGACAAGCUCGCAAUCCAGUCCUGUUCGCUGAAGGCAUGCAGACCCUCGCUGACCAGGGCGCGAAUUGCUUUGUCGAAUUGGGUCCAGCAUCGACACUGUGUGGUAUGGGAGCUUCAUGUCUCGAUGGGGACCUUAGUCAGACGAGCAAAGUGGCCGACCGCGAAGGCGUAAAGAACCUGGUCUGGCUGCCCUCGUUAAACUCCAAGAGCGACGACGCUCUAGUGAUCCAGAACAGUCUCUCCGACCUGCACAUACGAAAAGUGGAGAUCGACUGGGCAGCGUUCUUCGAAGACAUUGGCGGGCGCCGCAUCCAGCUACCUACGUACGCAUUUCAGCGACAUCGGUAUUGGCUGGACGGUUUGCGGCCAAUAUACAGCGGUAAAUCAUCUGGCCAACCUUCUGGCCAGUCUCCUUCGGGUUGCCCCCAACCCACUGGCCAAAUUCAAGUUGGAUGGCACACUAUUGAUGCGAGUAGCCAGUAUUCCAAUUCAACUUGGGGUCUCCUCUGUCCAGCAAGUGAUGCGCCAUGGAUGUCACCGGUGAAGGAAGCAUUGUUGCACGCCGAAAAGCAACCUAUCACGGUCAAUCAGCUCGCGGAAGCCAAAGCGAUGAGCGGCGUGCUUUGUUUCUGGGAAUCAGACAGUGAAGACGACAUGAUCUCCAAGGCAUCUGAGCAAUUGCAGACCGUGUCACGAAUUGGGUUCUCUCCCUGGGUAGUCUGGGUGACGCGGGGUGCUGUGGGAGCCGGAAAUAUGGGCGAGGCAUCGCUAUGGGGGAUGAUGCGAAGCGCGCGCGUCAAAUAUCCUCAACUCUGUCUACGUAUCGUGGACUUGGAAGGUGACGUUAACAUCGCUACAGCCACCAAACUCUGCUCAAUCUUGAUGAUGAGUACCGAACCUGAAUGUGUUGUGCUUGGUGAACGAGUGCUCAUCCCGCGAAUGCAGAUUCAGAUGCAGGCGCAGGUCCAGGAGGUCCAGAAGCAUAGUAAGCUGUGCGUAAACGGUCAAGAGACGACCAACGGAGCAACCGCAGCUGCAAAGCCAAAUGGGACGGACAGCUUCGAGAACAAGAUCAGGAUGGCUGGGCGCGAGGAGAGGGCGAUGAUGCUUCAGCGACUAGUACGGGAGAUAACUGCCAAAGCACUUGGUGUGGCGACUGCUGAGGAAGUAGAUAUGCACCAGGGGUUCAUGGAUGUUGGAGUGGAUUCAUUAGGAGCAAUUCAAAUGCGCAAAGAGCUUUCGGCGCAGACAGGGGUGAAGUUGCCAGCUAACUUGACCAGAGUGUAUCCGGAUCCUAUCUCACUUUCCGAUGCUCUGCAGAAGCAGGUAGAUGACAAGGAGCAUCCUCUUGCGGGGGUGGUCCUCUGCUUUACCUCCAUUUUACCAGAGCAGCGGUCUGAACUCGCUAUCGUCGCAAGUCAGAUGGGAGCAACCCACAAGUUUGACCUUACCUCCGACGUCACUCAUCUACUCAUCGGCGAAGUCAAUACUCCGAAGUACAAGUUCGUGGCGCGCGAGCGGACUGAUAUCACAGUCCUGAGACCAGAAUGGGUCGAAGCUGUUCGUCAAUCAUGGAUGCAGGGAGGGGAUACAGAUAUUCGUUCUCUGGAAAAAGAGUACAAAUUUCCCACGUUUGCUGGGUUGUCUAUCUGCAUCACGGGAUUCGAGGAUAUGUCGCUACGCAAUCGUAUCCAGGAUACGGUCACUGCCCAUGGAGCCGAGUUCCGGAAAGACCUCACCAAGAACGUCACUCAAUUGAUCGCCAGGAAUACGGAGGGUGAGAAAUACAAAUUCGCAACGCAGUGGGGUAUCAGGAUUGUCACGGUGAAGUGGUUCGAGGAUAGUCUUGAGCGUGGCAUGGUACUGGAAGAAACUCUUUAUCACCCUCUUCUGCCUGAUGAGCAACAGGGCGCUGGUGCCUGGAAUCGAUCGCUGCCUACUCCGAAACCGAAGGUUACCAAUAACGAAAACCCCUCCAACCCGAGACCGAGAAAACUUCGAAGAAUUGCAAGCGCUAAGUUAGGUGAUCAAAAUGAAGGGAUUUGGGGCGAUAUUGUCGGUACGGGUUUCGACAGCAGCGAUCCGAGGCCAUCUAGAGAAAGUCUGCAGAGGACCCUGUCUUUGACAAAGAGGCCUUCUAUCCUCCAAGAGUCGCGCUCAUUUGCCAGCGAGACUACCUUUGCAGAAGUGCAGGAGCCCCUACAACCGCCCCCGCCCCCUCCGGCAGCUGUAGAGCGUCACGAAGGGUUUCUGGGCGAUUGUUUCUUUUUCAUUCAUGGGUUCUCUACUAAACAGACAAACGUAUUGCGGGACCAUCUCUCCUUCAACGGUGCAGAGCUGGUGGGCUCCUUGAGCGAGUUUUCCCGACCAGACAUACCCAAAAGGGGCCAUGGCCUCUAUACUAUCGUGCCCUACAAGAUGCCCCGCUCACAGGUCCCAUCCACGGAUGACUUGGCUUUCGAAUGCGAAGUGGUAACCGACAUGUGGUUGGAAAGAUGUCUCGAUGCGAAGACGCUGGUGCCGCCAGAGUCCCACACAGCGAACACUCCGAUCCCUUCAUUCCCCAUCAAAGGAUUCGCGGGACUGAAGGUCUGCUCUACUGGCUUCUCCCGAAUUGACCUCCUCCAUCUAUCAAAGCUCGUUAACCUCGUUGGUGCCACCUACCACGAGUACUUGACACCCAGCGCCUCCGUACUUAUAUGCAAUGACUCCGGCCCCGUGAACCCGGAGAAGCUGCGACACACCCAAGAAUGGGGUGUCCCUGCUGUAUCCGCCGACUGGCUCUGGGCCUCGAUCCGCAACGAACAAAAACAACCAUUCGACCAAUACUUAAUUCAAAAGCAACCCACGCAAAGCCGAAAGUCUCUGGAACCUCGAGCCGGUUCUCGCCCAGAGCAGAAGCAACCAUCCAACAGUAACGAGCACCCACGUCCCAGACAUGAGCAUGAGCACGAGCAAUCAAAACCGAAAACAAGCAAGGCACAACCUCCAGACACAUCCUCAUCGGACCCCGAACCCAACACCAAACCCUCACCCGCAGCCCAAACCACCACCUCCCCCCUCAAGCGCAAACCAUCCGAUCAACACCCUUCAACAUCAAUAUCAACCACAACCACCCAAUCCGCCCUCAACCAAGCCGUAACCAGUCUCCUCAAAAACGCCCGACCAGCCCAGCCCUCCGAACCCAGCACCGGCCCCGACGACCGCCAUCGACCCCAACGAGGUCGGAGACCCCUCCUCGGCCGGGCCCCAUCCUCUCUCGACCACCCCAAACACUUCUCCUUCUCCCGCGCCAGCUCAAUCGACACCCUGAACGAAGACGGAUGCGGCAGCGUCGUCGAAUCCACCACCACAACCACUACCAAUUCCCGAAUCCCCUCCCUGUCUCACACCCACAGCAACCAAUACGAGUAUCAGUACCCAGAGCGCAACGCCACCCUCGAAGAAGAGGAUGAAAAUGAGGCCCCGCCCAUGACACAGCUGGACUACGAGGACCCGGAUGCAGUAGCCAUGCGGGAGAAAUUCCUUCAAAAGGCGGGGAAGGUGGUUGAGAAGAAGAAGUCGAAUGAUCUAGUAGCGGAGGGGAGACUCGUUCCCGGGUUAGAGAAUGGGGCGUGGGGGACGGCGAGGAGGACGAGGCAUACGAAUCGUGCGUUGGAUAAUCUGUAA